AGAAAACAAAAUAUACUUAAUUCGUGUUUAUUGAAAAAUUGCAAUUUGUUACUCUCAACGCCACCUAUCAUUCGCUAACGAAACUAAGAUCGUCGAGUCUGUCUCAUAGUAAAAUGAGCUAUUUGCUUAUAAAAUUGAGAUUGGUUACGUAAUAAUAUUAUGAUGGGAAUAUUUUACGCAGAUAGUAUGAAUGCAGAAUCAUUUUAGUGUGAUUUUUUAGAUAAAUGAAAGUUGAUUGAUUGAACGAUUGAUUGGUUGAACCGGACGUGGUAAUUAGAAAAUGGCGUCUAGGAUUAAAAGUUAAAACAUAGGUGAUGGGUAUAUUAUACUCUUUGUCUAUGAUAUUAUGGUUAUGAAUGCGUGAUGUACGCUAAGCUUUAUUCAUGGAACAUAGACUACUAGUUAAUCUAUGGUCAUAGAGUAUAUCAAUAUAUAGUGAGCUGAGGAGUCUGUGGACGAUAGGCUUUUUAGUCAUUACAUUUAUUAAAUGUGGUAAAACGUAUAAAUAGACAAGUAAUUUAGUUUAAUAAAGAGGAUUAAUUAUAAGAUUAAUUUUGAGAUAAAUUUCGGAACCCGUACGUAAAGAUAAAAGAGUUGAGUAUCAUAUUUCAAAUUUGCCGCGUAAAUACACAAUUCAAGUUCGAUCCUGUAUCAGACAUCGGCCAUUUUUAUUUUUCUUACAAAGAGACGCGAGAUUGGAAAACCAUAAAACGCUGAAUCAGUGUAAAGUUAAUAUAAUUAAACGGGCAACCACACGAGGUCACGAUCAGUAUUUUACUUCUAAGUGCUUACAGAAAUUAGUAAAAGAAUAAUUGACUGCAAAAUGGAAGAAAUACUCUUAAAUCGUUUGUCCACUUUUGUCAAAGAAGUGAAAUCUCUCUCGGAUCAAGCUCUCAAUUUAUGUCAAACUCUUCAUGAAAAUGAUGAAAACUUAGAAUCAGCAAGGAUUGUUAGGUCUAAAUUGAAAGCAAUUUUAUCUCGGUUUACCACGGAGUUAUAUAAUUAUUUCAAAAUUUGUAACGACCCUAAUCCAGACGAGAUAUCAGAUUUGACUAAUGAUCAACUUCGAGGUGAAGAAAAUUUAGCAGAGCUAGAGGCAAGAUUAGCCAUGAAGAGUGAGAAGUCAGUGAUGUUACCUCAGCAAAGUGAUUAUUCAUCAUACAGCAAAUUACCAGAUUUGCAUUUACCAGAGUUUAGUGGUAAUUUGCUUGAAUGGCACCAAUUUUGGGAUCAGUUCACAUCAAACAUGAACCGAAGAAAAUUGAAUGAUGUCGACAAGUUGCUGUAUCUCAAAAGUUCUCUCAAAGGAGAUGCUGCUAGACUUAUAGAUGGACUUGAAACAACAAAUCGAAAUUAUCAGAUUGCUGUCAAUACUUUAAAGGCUCGAUAUGGGAAAGAAAAUGAAAUUGUAUAUGCGCAUCAUAACGCUCUAAAGAAAAUCAAGCGAGCGGAAAAGAUGGAGGAUUGUAAAGGAACUUUGGAUGAGAUAGAACGACAUCUCCGAGUACUUCAAUCCAUGGGAGAAAAUACCAAUUCCAAUCAAAUGCGAUUUCUUAUUAUGGAAAAGUUUCCAACUGAGAUUAUCUAUGAAAUGAAAAUAAGAUUGGACUCUGAUCGGACAGAGUCAGUCGAAGACAUAUUGACACAACUUUCAAGAGUGAUCUCAGUUAAAGAGGAAGCACGAAUGAUAACUCAGGAAAGUACCAUGGAAGGAGCGCCACAAUACACUGUGGAAACUUUACAUGUAAAGGAAACUGUUCUUCAAAACAAAGGACAUUCUUCUAAGAUGAAGAAUACAAAACUAUGUCGAAUUCUAAUGGAUUGUGGUAGUCAAAGGAGCUAUAUCACUGAAAGGAUUGCCAAGGAUUUGAAUCUUCCAGUUGAAGAGCAAAAUAAUCUUUCAAUAUUUACGUUUGGAGCACAGAAGCCCAAGGAAAUAGAAAGUCCAUUAGUUAAAGUAAGGUUAGUUACACAGAGUAAAGCGAUUAGGACUGUAUGUGCCAACGUGGUACCUUCAAUAUCUCAGGGAGUUCCACAUCCAGAAAAGGACUUACUUGACUGCAAGAUCAAGGAAAAUUACAUCUUAGCAGAUAAUGGUACAUUGUCAGACAGAGUAGACAUUUUACUAGGAAAUGAUUAUUAUUACACGAUUAUGUCAACGAAGAAGGUUCGUAUUGCAGAAGACUUAUACCUCAUUGAAUCAGAAUUCGGUUGGAUGCUCUCGGGCAAAAUUUCAGAGAAUAACAACACAGUUGAACAACUGUCAGUAUUGACAUAUUGUCAAUCUUCAUGUGAAGUCAGACUGAAUCAACCAGAUCCACCAUUAGACAAUGGAGACUUAAAACGUUUGUGGGAUUUGGAGUCGAUUGGAAUCACCGAUUCACCAAAAUUAAGUCGCGAUGAAGAAGCUAUCAAACACUUCAAUGAAACAACUGAGUACAGAGAUAACAGAUAUUAUAUUAGUUGGCCAUGGAACGACUAUCCAACAGACUUACCAUCUAACUUUGGAUUAGCGUUCGGACGUCUAGUAAGUUUAGUUAAAAGAUCAGACUCUGAAACUCUAACAAUAUAUGAUCAAACAUUAAGAGAACAACUGGAAAAUGAAAUCAUUGAAGAAGUCCCAAACACAGAGGAAAAGGAUCAUCCAAUACAUUACAUACCAUUUCAUGGAGUGUUGACACCGGGAAAACCUUUGAGAAUCGUAUACGACGCUUCAGCAAAGACCAAAGAUAACAAGAGUUUAAAUCAAUAUCUUUAUUGUGGACCACUAUUAUUAGAAGAUUUAACAGGAUUACUAAUUAAAUUUAGAUGUUAUAAGGUUGGAAUAACAGCUGAUGUUGAAAAGGCAUUUCUACAAAUUGGACUUAAAGAACAGGACAGAGAUGUCACAAGAUUUCUAUGGUUAAAAGAUACCAAAAAACCAGUAACAAAAGAUAAUCUUCUUUACCUUAGAUUCACUCGCGUUCCAUUUGGAAUAAUAUCAAGCCCAUUUAUUUUAAAUGCUACAAUCAAACAUCAUCUGAUGAACGCCAAAAAUAAAAGUGUUAGAAAAUUAGCAAAUGACAUUUAUGUAGACAACGUUGUGACUGGAGCCAACACUGCAAAGGAAGUCGAAGAGUUAUAUAGAAACUCAAAGGAGGCAUUCCAAGAAAUCUCAAUGAACUUGAGACAAUGGAGUUCUAAUUCAACGGAUUUCAUGCAACAAAUACCUGAUUGUUGUCCAGAAGAGAUAGUAAAAGUAUUGGGUCUAGACUGGCACAUAAAGGAUGAUACAUUACACUUGAGGACCAACAAAAUUAUAAACAAUGCUAAUACCAAAAGAGGUAUUCUGAAAAGCGUUGCAUCUUAUUUCGAUCCAUGUGGAUUUAUAGUUCCCACUCUGUUAGCUGCUAAAAUCUUACUGCAGGACCUGUGGAAGAUGAAAAUAAAAUGGGACUCACCAUUACCCAAGGAUAUCGUUGAAAAAUGGAAGGAUAUUCAAGAAGACUUGGAAGGAGUCAAGGAAAUAAGUUUAGCUAGAUGCUAUAUGAAGAAUCCUCAAUGUAACGACUUUGAAAUUCAUUGUUUCACGGACUCUUCAACAAGAGCCUAUGCAGCUGUAGUUUAUAUCGUUGGAAAUGAUCAGAAAAGUUUUGUUAUUGGAAAAUCGAGAUUAGUACCGAUAAAAGACCAAGAAAAUCUAAAAAUCCCUCGUUUAGAGCUGUUGGGCGUAUUAAUUGGAAGCCGAUUAAUACAAUAUGUUCUUAAAUUCAUUGAUUUUAAUAUAACUAAACAAAUAUUAUGGACAGACAGUCAAAUUGUUAUUGAUUGGAUUAACUCAACUAAAUUACUAACACCAUUUGUUGCCAGAAGGAUCAAUGAGAUCAAACAAAAUAAAAAUUUAAUCGUCAAAUACGUACCGUCAGAACUGAAUCCUGCUGAUGUUGCUACCAGAUCAACAAGCGCAAAGGAGGAUCAAGAGAAAUGGUUAAAUGGACCAAAUUUUUUGCUUGAGAAACCUGACAGUUGGUCAGGGAAAUUCAAUAUCGAUACUUUUUUAGUUGGGGAGGGUCUGACGAAGACUAGUGACACGCAAAGUUGUUCACAAACGGAAGUAGAAGGUCAGAUGAACACCAAUGAGGUUCAAGAACAGGUUCCAGAGGUAAUAGAAUUGGAAGAUUCUAUAGAUGACAACAGACAAGACAACAUAUCUAAAGAACAAGAAGUAGAGACUGAAUGUCUGGAUAACAGCAUAAAUGAAAUUAAGAAAAUACAAGCUGAAUACUUCAAAGAAGAAGUAAAUGGUAAAGAAACAAGUCUCAGUCGUAAUUUGGGAGUGUUCAAGGACGUUGACGGAAUUUUACGAUGUAAGGGUAGGCUUCAAUAUGCUGAAUGGUCUUUCGACAAAAGGUACCCCAUACUUAUACCUAAAGGUUGUGAUUUCACUGAUAAAAUUAUAAGAAAAACACAUGAAAAGAACUAUCAUGUGGGUGUCAAUCAUACUCUGAGCCUGAUUCGUCAGAAGUACUGGAUACCACAAGGCAAACGUGAAGUUCGAAAGAAGUUGGAAAAAUGUCCACGUUGCGUGAAACAUGGAGGUGGACCAUUCAAAGCACCACACAUACCUGCAUUACCACAUGAAAGGGUAAAUUAUAGCAAACCAUUUACAUUUACUGGUAUUGACUAUCUGGGACCAGUGUUAGUUAAAACAGAAGGAGGAACGAGCAAAAGAUGGAUAUGCUUAUUAACAUGUUUGGCAGUUAGAGCAGUACACUUAGAAGUGGUAGACGAUUUGUCAGCUGAAGAAGGUUUACUCGCUCUGAGGCGAAUGAUUGCGACCAGAGGAGUACCAACUCUAAUUACAUCAGAUAACGCAUUACAUUUCAAAUUAAUAGCUGAUAUAGUUUCCAAUGCAUACUGUGUUAAAAAUAAAAUAAAAUGGCGAUUCAUACCUGAACUCGCACCUUGGUAUGGAGGAUUUUACGAACGGCUCGUAGGACUCGUAAAACAUUGUAUGCGAAGAACACUUCAAAAGCAUCUUUUAAAGGAUAAUCAACUUGCAACAAUAGUUAAGGAAAUAGAAGCAAUAAUAAACACCAGACCAUUGACAGCCGUAGAUUCAGAGCUAGAACAUGUCCUGACACCUGCGGAUUUUCUACAAAUGGAUAGAUGUAUCAGUGUAGAAACAGCAUCAGAUAACAUUCCAUUGCAAGGGACAUCGACAAAGACCAACUUAGUCCAGGGCUGGAGAAGAGCUCGUAUACUGUUAGAAGAAUUUAAAGAAAUGUUUAGUAAUCGCUACUUACCGAGCUUACGUGAGAGAUACAGUCACUCGCUCAAACAACCACGUGUGACUUCAAAACUUAUCCCAAAAGAAGGCCAGUUGGUUCAGUUGAAAGGAGAUAAAAAUCGUGAAGGCUGGAAAGUAGGUAAAAUAGUUUCUUUAAUUAAGAGUUCUGAUGGUUUAACGAGAGUGGCUCAAGUGAAAGUAGGAGACACUAUAUUCACCCGUUCUAUUGCUCACUUAUAUCCGCUUGAAGUAGAAGACGGUGUCCAAUGGGAACCGAUACUUCAAGAUGCAAAACAAUAUUCUGAAGUCCAAAAAUUAUCUAAUGAAGUUUCCAAAGAGUUGGUAACUGCACCAGAUACUGUUACAAUAGAAUCGGUGAACGCACAAAAGGAAACGUUAAAUGAUAAUGACAUUGAAAUGAGACAAAUUGAAAACAUAGAUGAGACAGAAAAUACAGCAGAUGUUGCAAAUAAUGAAGUAGACAUAGAGACUGAGAGCAUGGAAAAGGAUAGAGUUGUAAAUGAUCUGAGAGAUGAUUCUGAUGUGAGGGACAAAUAUUUGAUGACAACGAAUGAGGAUACGGAAGAACGAUCCGAAGACAUUGGUCACAAGCGAGUUGCAGCGGUCCGAGCCCUUGAAAAGAUAAGGGAAUGGACGCGCAAUUUGCUUACCUUGUUGUAAUCAACCGUUCUCGGCGGGAGUGUCGCGGAAACCGCGAAUGUAAAUAUUGUAUAUAGCAACACCGAUACUCUAUGGUGAGUAUGUCUUUGGUUUCCUUUAGUAUAACAAAGAAUGCAAGUUUCGACAUGUCUGAGUAUGAUGGCCGCCGAACGCGCCAAAAUAUCUUAACUUCAUAUAUUAGUUAAUUGUUAGUGUGAAUGAUACGUGUUGGACUGUGUCACCGUGCUGCAACGCUAGUAACAUUCGUUGGUGUGAAUAUAUGUGAAUGAUGUGUGCUGGGCUGUGUCACCGGGCGGCAGCGCCAGGUCAUCCAUGCAGAUGCAUAUCAGCUAAGUGCCUCAAGUUUACCUAUUAAUGCCGCGAGCUUCUCUUAGUUGUAAUAAGGAGACAGAUGAACAGCACGGCUCUGUUGCAGUGCCAUACGAGCUUGAUCAUGAAUUUCCCGGCCGCACAGGCGCAGGGCUUGAGUUUCCCGGUCGUAAAGACGCAGGGCUGGUCCAAUUCCCAGGCCGCACAGGCGCAGGGGUGGUCGAAAAGACGUUGGACACAUUACCGGUAAUGUAGGACGAUCUCAGGCUGUGAAGGUUAACCCCUGAACGGCGAGAGCGGUUUGAUCCCGUUGGGUAGAUUGCCGUAGCUAUUGACACACGCUAAGUCCUUAAAUUCGUGAUGGUGGUCGAACGUCCUGUCGUGCGUUCGAACACCAGGCAUGGAAACAAUGUAAACGAUCGCUCCCCUGUUCUCAUGGUGAUUAACUUAUAUCUAUGACAAUAAAGUAGACAGUACAAACAUUGGUGUUUUCUACUUGUACAAGCUUAAGGCAUUUAGUGGAUUCAGUGUGAAUCAUAGCUGAAAUUAAAUAUUACAGAUGGUGACACGGUUGCACACUAGCCUGUCAAGGACAGUGGUUUCCAGUGGCUGGUACAUCGGUCACUUACAGGUGGCAGGAUUGAAGGUGAGAGUAACAGAUUGCAAUAAUAGAUUCAUAACAAAUAACUAGAAUCUGGGCGAUUUGCUUCGCUAUCUGAAGACGCAGUAGUUAGUCUUCCCCCCUACAGAGAUAU